AUGAAGGCUGCAUCUGUUUCUCUGCUCCUUGGUGUGUGUGUGCUGCUGCUGUCUGCACUGACUGUUUCUGCAGUCUCUCUGUCUGUCAGUCCAAACCUUCAGCAGUUCUUCAGAGGAUCUUCUUCAGUGUCUCUGAGCUGUGUUGAUGGAUGGACAGUGAGGAGGACCAGAGGAGGACUCACUGAGGACUGUGGAGCAGGUUUCGGGUCAGUUCAUGAAUCCUCCUGUAUUCUGGAUCUCUCCUUCUCCACUGAUGGAAGUUACUUCUGUGAAAACUCUUCUGGACAGCAGAGCGAUGAAGUCUCCAUCAGUGUUUCAGCUGAUUCUCUGAUCCUGAAAAUUCCUGCACUUCCUGUGAGGACAGGAAGUGACAUCACCCUGCAUUGCAGACAAAAGGAUGGUAACACAGUCGCAGCUUAUUUCAUUUUUAAUGGAAGUAAUGUUGGAUCUGGACGUAAAUCAGAGCACACCAUCACUAACAUCCAGCAGUCUGAUGAAGGUCUCUACUCAUGUUCCACUGAUACAUUGGGAUCAUCUCCUCAGAGCUUUCUGAGGGUCAGAGCCCUCCCUCCUCAUCGUCUCUCCUCCUCCAUCAUUCCAGUUGUAGCAGUUCUGGUUUCUGUGGUUCUUCUGGUUCUGGUUGGAGUUCUGUUCUUCUACAGGAAACUAAAAGGAAGAAGCGACUCCUCCCCACCUGUGACUUAUGCUGAUGUCACCACCACACAGAGAGGUCCUGCUGAGGUCGAUUAUGGUCAGGUGGUCUUCAAGAAUAAGAAGAAAGCUGGCAGGAUGACAGGUAUAGAUGAUGAUGAUCAUCAUCAUCAUUGCCAUCAUCAUCCCCCGGACUGA